CCCCGCCGCAGUCCCGACCCGAACCCACCGCGCGGCGGCAGAGAGUGCCCCGGAGUCCGCGCCCGCCGCUCUGCGCCUCAGUGUCCGCCGCGUCCCGGCGGGCAUGGGGCGGCCCACCUGAGCUCCGCAGCCCGCGCCGCCCCUCUGGCCGCGGUCUCAGCGCUCCCGCGAUGGCGAAGGCAACGGCCGGCGCCGUGGGGUUGCGGGUGCUGCUACUGCUGUUGCUCGGCGAAGCACCACUGGGACUCUACUUCACCAGGGAUGCUUACUGGGAGAAGCUGUAUGUGGGCCAGCCAGCUGGCAUGCCCCUGCUCUAUGUGCACGCCCUUCGGGACAUCCCUGAGGAGGUGCCCAGCUUCCGCCUGGGCCCACACCUCUACGGCAGCGCUUACCGCACACGGCUGCAUGAGAACGACUGGAUCCUCAUCCAGGAGGACACGGGCCUUCUCUACCUUAACCGGAGCCUGGACCCCAACUCCUGGGAGAAGCUCAGCAUGCGCAAUGGCGGCUACCCUCUGCUCACCAUCUACCUCCAGGUCUUCCUGUCACCCACGUCCCUGCGAGAGGGCGAGUGCCAGUGGCCAGGCUGUGCCCGCGUGUACUUCUCCUUCAUCAACACCUCCUUCCCGGCUUGUGGCUCCCUCAAACCCCGGGAGCUCUGCUUCCCUGAGACAGGCCUGUCCUUUCGCAUUCGGGAGAACCGGCCUCCUGGCACCUUCUAUCAAUUCCGCCUGCUGCCUGUGCACUUCUUCUGCCCCAACGUCAGUGUGGCCUACAGGCUCCUGGGAGGUGAGAGUCUGCCCUUCCGCUGCGCCGCGGACAGCCUGGAGGUGAGCGCGCGCUGGGCGCUGGACCGGGAACUCCGGGAGAAGUAUGAGCUGGUGGCCGCGUGCACCGUGCGUGUCGGCCCGCGCGAGGAGGAGGUGAUGGUGCCGUUCCCCGUGACCGUGUACGACGAAGACGACUCGGCGCCCACUUUCCUCGGGGGCUUGGACACCGCCAGCGCCACUGUGGAGUUCAAGCGGAAGGAGGGCACCGUGGUGGCCACAAUACGUGUCUUCGAUGCGGAUGUGGUGCCAGCAUCUGGGGAACUUCUCAGGCGGUACACAAGCACACUGCUCCCUGGGGACACCUGGGCCCUCCAAACCUUCCGUGUGGAGCACUCACCCAACGAGACCUUAGUCCAGGCCAAUGACAGCUUUGUGCGGGCAACCAUUCAUGACUACAAGCUGGUUCUCAACCGGAGCCUUCCCAUCUCCGAGGGCCGUGCCCUGCAGCUGACAGUGCUGGUCAACGACUCGGACUUCCAGGGCCCAGGGGAGGGUGUCCUCCUCCUCCAUUUCAAUGUGUCCGUGCUGCCAGUCAGCCUGAGCCUGCCCAGUGCCUACUCAUUCACUGUGAGCAGGCGGGCCCACCGCUUUGCCCAGAUUGGGAAAGUCUGUGUGGAGCACUGCCAGGAGUUCAGCGGCAUUCACGUGCAGUACAAGCUGCAGCCUUCCAGCACCAACUGCAGUGCCCUGGGGAUGGUCACCUCAGCCGAGGACACCAUGGGGACCCUGUUUGUGAAUGACACAGAGGCCCUGCGGCGGCUCGAGUGUGUCCAACUCCAGUACAUGGUGGUGGCUGCUGACCGGCCGACUCGCAAGCAAGCCCAGGCCCUGCUGCUGGUCACUGUGGAGGGGAUGUACACAGCUGAGGAGCCAGGCUGCCCCUUGUCCUGCGCAGUCAGCAAGAGGCGGCCCGAGUGUGAGGAGUGUGGUGGCCUGGGCUCCCUGACGGGCAGGUGCGAGUGGAGACAGGGAGAUGGCAAAGGGAUCAGCAGGAACUUCUCCACCUGCUCUCCCAGCAUCAAGACCUGCCCUGAUGGCCACUGUGACGCUGUGGAAAGCCGAGAUGCUAAUGUCUGCCCCCAGGACUGCCUCCGGGGCGGCAGCAUCAUUGGAGGGCACGAGCCAGGAGAACGCCGGGGGAUUAAAGCUGGCCAUGGGAUCUGCAACUGCUUCCCGGAGGAGAGGAAGUGCUUCUGUGAGCCAGAAGACAGCCAGGACCCACUGUGUGACGAGCUCUGCCGCACGGUGAUCGCGGCCGCCGUGCUCUUCUCCUUCGUGGUCUCCAUGCUGCUCUCCACCUUCUGCAUCCACCGCUACCACAAGAAUGCCCACAAGCCGCCCAUUGCCUCUGCCGAGAUGACCUUCCGCCGGCCAGCCCAGGCCUUCCCGGUCAGCUACUCCUCGUCAGGCACCCGCCGGCCCUCGCUAGACUCCAUGGAGAACCAGGUGUCUGUGGAUUCCUUCAAGAUCCCGGAGGAUCCAAAGUGGGAAUUCCCUCGUAAGAACCUGGUUCUUGGAAAAACUCUGGGAGAAGGUGAAUUUGGAAAAGUGGUCAAGGCAACGGCCUUCCGGCUGAAAGGCAAAGCAGGGUACACCACCGUGGCCGUGAAGAUGCUGAAAGAGAACGCCUCCCCAAGCGAGCUGCGGGACCUUCUGUCAGAGUUCAACCUCCUGAAGCAGGUUAACCACCCGCAUGUCAUCAAGCUUUACGGGGCCUGUAGCCAGGAUGGGCCGCUACUGCUCAUUGUGGAGUAUGCCAAGUAUGGCUCCCUGCGGGGCUUCCUCCGAGAGAGCCGCAAGGCAGGGCCCGGCUAUGUCGGCAGUGCUGGCAGCCGCAACUCCAGCUAUUUGGACAACCCUGAGGAACGGGCCCUGACCAUGGGCGACCUCAUCUCCUUUGCCUGGCAAAUCUCCCGGGGGAUGCGGUACCUGGCGGAGAUGAAGCUUGUCCAUCGGGACUUGGCAGCCAGAAAUGUCCUGGUGGCCGAGGGGCGGAAGAUGAAAAUUUCAGAUUUUGGCCUAUCCCGAGAUGUUUAUGAAGAGGAUUCCUAUGUGAAGAGGAGCAAGGGGAGGAUUCCAGUCAAAUGGAUGGCAAUUGAGUCCCUCUUCGACCAUAUUUACACCACCCAAAGCGAUGUGUGGUCCUUCGGUGUCCUACUGUGGGAGAUUGUGACUCUGGGAGGUAACCCCUACCCUGGGAUUCCUCCGGAGCGGCUCUUCAACCUUCUGAAGACAGGCUACCGGAUGGAGAGGCCCGACAACUGCAGCGAGGAAAUGUAUGAUCUGAUGCUGCAGUGUUGGAAGCAGGAACCGGACAAGAGGCCAGUGUUUGCCGACAUCAGCAAAGACCUGGAGAAGAUGAUGGUUAAGAACAGAGACUACUUGGACCUGGCUGCGUCUACACCAUCUGACUCCCUGCUUUAUGAUGAUGGCCUCUCAGAGGAGGAAACACCCCUGGUGGACUGUAAUAAUGCUCCCCUCCCUCGAGCCCUCCCCUCCACGUGGAUUGAAAACAAACUCUAUGGCAUGUCAGACCCGAACUGGCCUGAAGAGAGUCCUGUACCACUCACGAGAGCCGAUGGCACUAACACUGGGUGUCCAAGAUAUGCAAAUGAUAGUGUAUAUGCUAACUGGAUGGUUUCACCCUCAGCGGCACAAUUAAUGGACGCAUUUGAUAGUUAACAUUUCUUUGCGAAAGGUAAUGGACUCCCGAGGGGAAGACACAUGCCGAGAUCAGAAAGUCUGCUGGCCCCUUCUUUGUGCCCUUCAUGCUGGCUGCGGUUUCCCCUGCAGCAGAUGUGGCACACUGGACGAGCACUCCAAGUCCAGUGUUUGGGCACCUAUUUCCUUCUCUUCAGCCCUUGGCAGUGCGCAGUGAUGGUCUGUGUUCAGCGAUGACCACCACACACUCUGUGCUCAAACCUGUGGGUCCUCCCUCACUACCUGAACUGUUCAAUUUUUCUGGUUGCCACCAAACACGGCAACAAGAUUUAAACAUGAAGCACACACACAAAAAGGUGUAGAAGGGGAAAAAAACCUGGACCAGACAACCUGUCCUCGUUUAGAACAAGAGCUCGGCAAGGCCCUGUCUUGGUGUCACAGCCCUGUUAGGGCUGGAGGGGAAAUGGGGACCUCAGGACAGGCCUCGGCUCAGCAUUUCAUGAUCCUGAGAAUGGUUUUUUAAAAUCAUGUAACUUUUUCUUAGAAAGACAUUUGAUUUUUAUCGUGAUUAAAAUGAUUCUUAGAUUUAGCACAACAGAGAGAUUUGAUGCCAUAUUUGUUCUGUAGACAGGCAGUGUGAAGGGAGGGGGCUCCCGAAACACAUCUGUCCCCAUCACUGAGUGGUCAUGACCCCCUGAUAAGAAAAGAAUGAAGAAAAGGGGCAUUUGAGUAGGCUAACCUCCAGUCCAAGGACUUGGCAGCAGAGACUUGGCUGGUGUGAAUACUACCCUCAAGGCCUUCAGUGCUCCACAUGUUCCAGCGCCAAAAACCAGUGGGUCCUCUCACAUGUGAGCAGUGAAUGGGACUGGUACUCAACUUCAAAGGGACAGCUUAGCUAGUUCUGUUAGAGGUAGCAUUGACAACGGCCAAGGGCUGCUACACCUCUGGUUUCAGGUCUAAUGUGGAAGAGAUACUCUGGCUCUUAUAGAGCUUGUGUGAAAAGGUUCAUGUAUCCAUUCACUCUUCCUUGUUUGUAACGUAAUGCUGCUAUAGCAAGACAUUUUUGUUUCUUAGAUUCUGACCAUGAUUCAUAAGCCCCUUGUCAUUCUUCCCUGCUUGUGGCUGCAGACACCCAGCACUCCUCCCAUCUUGUGGGGGUGGCUUCCAGGAAGACCCGAGUCCUCUGCAUCAGCACUGUAACUUUGCAGGAGAGGGCUAGUUACCAAAACACUGCCUGGUCUUCAGACUUAGAGCACUGUGAACAGUCUGACAGUAGUAGUCUCUUUCAAAUACUGUAUUUUACAGGCAUUUCACAAAAGCAGUAAAAGGAUGGCCUUUUUUUGGCCAAGAAGGUUUCAAUGAGUGUAUGUUGGAAGAUAUAUGGUGUGUGUGUAUGUGUGUGCACACACCCCCAGAGAACUGGAAAAGCUUACUGGAAAUGUAAUGUGGCUUUAGUUUGGGCCAUUUUCCAGAUACACUGUGAUAAGUUCUUUUACAAAUAUCUAGUUGUAACAAACUUUUGGUUUUCAGAUGUGCUUAAUGCGUCUUAUUAAAUGUAGAAAUAAGGGUAAACUCUCAAAUGAUUAAAACUGCCUACUCAAUAAGUGUGAGUUGCUGCAGCAGGUCUGUUCUUGGUGGGUAAGAACUCCAGGUCUGGCUAACCCAGUGCUGGGGAAUUAAUUGUUGACUAAGAAUCUAAUUGUCUAUUCCUCAGUCAUAAAAGUACUCAUACUUAUUAGUCCUCUCAGACAGGAUUUCCAUAUGCAUAGAUGCAGAAGUUACUAAGUAUUAAGUGUUACUACUGAGUAUUAGGUAGCAAUCUGUCAGGUGUUAAAAUUUGUAAAAUAUAUUUAUGAAAGGUUGUUGAACCAUACCAUGUUAAUUUGCUUUUGUAAUCCAGGUGACUGAGAAAAUAAUUUCAGUUAUGUAAAUAAAGUCAUGUAUUGUGAAAUGUGUAAACUCCUCUCAAAUU